AUGUAUCCCUCCUCCUCAGGUCAUGCAGAUGAUGAACCUCCAAGUAAAGGGAAGAAAAAAAAGAAAAAAAAGGAGGAAGAAAUUGACAUUGAUGUGGAUGAUCCAGAAGUUAGCAGAUUCCAAUACCCCUUCCAUGAACUAAUGAUCUGGGCUGUACUAAUGAAAAGGCAGAAGAUGGCUCUCUUUCUGUGGCAGCGUGGAGAAGAAACCAUGGCAAAAGCACUGGUAGCAUGUAAACUAUACAAAUCAAUGGCUCACGAGUCCUCUGAAAGUGAUCUUGUAGAUGACAUUUCCCAAGACCUGGACAACAAUUCCAAGGAUUUUGGUCAAUUGGCUGUGGAGCUUUUGGAUCAGUCUUACAAACAUGAUGAGCAGGUUGCCAUGAAACUAUUGACUUAUGAACUUAAGAACUGGAGUAAUUCAACUUGUCUGAAACUAGCUGUGGCUGCCAAACAUCGAGACUUUAUAGCACACACUUGCAGCCAGAUGCUUUUGACAGAUAUGUGGAUGGGGCGACUGCGCAUGAGAAAGAACCCAGGUCUUAAGGUAAUAUUAGGGAUUCUUUUUCCACCAACCAUUUUGUUUCUGGAAUUCCGGUCCCAUGAUGACCUUUCAUUUCAUACCUCAAAAGAAUAUGAAGAAGGAAAAGAGAAAGAAGAGGAUAACAUAGAUGGGAAUGCUGAUGCCAAUUCUCGGAAAGGAGAUGAAGAGAAUGGACAUAGAAAGCAAAGGAGUAUUCCUAUUGGCACAAAGAUCUAUGAGUUCUACAAUGCCCCGAUAGUCAAAUUCUGGUUUUAUACAAUUUCCUACUUAGCAUAUUUAAUGUUAUUUAAUUAUAUUAUUUUGGUGAAGAUGGAGCGAUGGCCUUUAUUUCAAGAGUGGAUUGUCAUUUCAUAUAUCGUAACACUCGCACUUGAGAAAGUGAGAGAGAUUCUAAUGUCUGAACCAGGCAAGCUGAGCCAGAAAAUAAAGGUCUGGUUACAAGAAUAUUGGAAUAUCACUGAUCUCGUGGCCAUUUCUGUGUUUAUAAUCGGAGCAAUUCUUAGACUGCAAAAUCAGCCAUACAUGGGAUAUGGAAGAGUCAUAUACUGCGUGGAUAUUAUCUUUUGGUAUAUUCGAGUUUUGGAUAUAUUUGGAGUCAACAAAUACCUCGGACCUUAUGUUAUGAUGAUUGGAAAAAUGAUGAUUGACAUGCUGUAUUUUGUGAUCAUCAUGCUGGUUGUGCUGAUGAGUUUUGGUGUGGCAAGACAGGCUAUUUUACACCCGGACGAGGAGCCAUCAUGGAGGCUAGCCCGCAACAUCUUUUACAUGCCAUACUGGAUGAUCUACGGAGAGGUGUUUGCAGACCAGAUUGACCUAUACGCAAUGGAGAUAAAUCCUCCGUGUGGGGAAAACCUGUAUGAUGAUGAUGGGAAACGUCUUCCUCCAUGCAUUCCUGGUGCUUGGCUCACCCCAGCGAUCAUGGCCUGUUAUUUAUUGGUGGCAAACAUCCUCUUAGUAAACUUGUUAAUAGCAGUAUUCAAGUGUGGAAGUUCCAGCGGUACCAGCUUAUCAUGACAUUCCAUGACCGACCCGUUUUACCACCUCCAAUGAUAAUCUUUAGCCACCUCUACAUCAUUCUGAAGCGCCUUUGUUGCCGCUGCAAAAAAGGACAAGAAGGAGAACUGGAUGAGCGUGACAGAG